AUGCAUCACCUCAACGCGACGCGCGAUUACGACGCGUGUAUCGACCUGUGCACGAAGAUGCUGGAGAAGAACCCGUACGACCAACAGGCGUGGACGCGCGCGCUGACGGCGAAGAAUUGGAUCGACGAGACGGAGAUGGAGGAGGAGGGCGUCGCGGAGAUCAUGAUGGACGAGAACGCGACCGCGCAGGUGGCGCGGCCGGGAACCUCGUUCGCGCGACCGAACACGAGCGCGUCUAGAGCGGGCGGCGGCGUCGCGACGGGCCUCUCAUCGUUCAACCAAGGGAUGCGUCCGAUGACGCGCGCGGGCGCGCCGAUGACCGGGUUCGCGCGGCCGGCGACGGCCGCGCGCCCUUCCACGGGAUCAUCGCGCGACACGAUCGAGACCGCGUUUCGAGGCUCGGGUCGCCCCGGGACGUCGCGACCGGUCUCGUCCGCGGCGCGCCUGACGCGCCUCGGCACGGCGACGCAGCUGUCGGAACCUGGGGGCCCGUUCAUCGACGUGGACAAGCUGGACUUGCGCAAGUACGCGCAGAAGGACGCGCUGGCGCGAGCGCUGAUCGAGUACAUCAUGCACCACGACCGGAACCCGAAGAAGGCGGUCGAGCUCGCGUCUCUCGCGACGGUAAACGCGAACUUUAAAGAUUGGUGGUGGAAGGAGAGGCUGGGCGUCGCGUACUACCAGCUCGGCAUGUACAGAGACGCGGAGAAGCAGUUCAAGUCGAGCCUGAAGGACCAACCGAUGAUCAAGACGGUGUUGCAGCUCGCGAAGGUGUACAUAAGGAUAGACCAGCCCGCGGCGGCGAUGGCGACGUACGUCAAGGGCGCGGAGCUCUUCCCCGGGGAGACGUCGAUGCUGUUGGGUCAGGCGAGGAUCCACGAUGCGCUCAACGACAUGCACCUCGGCGUGCCGCUGUAUAAGGAAGUCCUGAAGUGGGACGCGUCGAACGUCGAGGCGAUCGCGUGCUUGGCGGCGAACCACUUUUACACGGACCAGCCCGAGAUCGCGCUGCGUUUCUACCGCCGCUUGCUCAUGAUGGGCGUGAACAACACGGAACUGUGGAACAACCUCGGCUUGUGUUGCUUCUACGCGAGUCAGUACGACAUGACGUUGGCGUGUUUCGAGCGCGCGAUCAAGAUGGCGGACGACGAGGAGGCGCCGGACGUGUGGUUCAACGUCGGUCAGGUCGCGAUCGGGAUCGGGGACCUGGGACUGGCGUACCAGGCGUUAAAGAUCGCCGUGUCCGUGGACUCGACGCACGCGGAGAGCUUCAACAACCUGGGGGUGCUGGAGCUGAGAAAAGGAAACGUCGAGGCGGGGAGGGCCAACUUUGAGAAGGCGUCGAGAGAGGCGGAGCACGCGUUCGAGCCGGCGUAUAAUCACGCGCUCCUCGCGUUCAAGACGGGGGAGUUCCAGGAGGCGUACGAGCGCGUGGAGAAGGCGCUGGAGUGUUACCCGGAGCACGCGGACAGCGUCGAGCUGAAGAAACAGCUGAAGAAACACUUCACGCUGUUGUGACGACUGGAGGAGAAAUUCGACGCGAGGAGGAGUAGCGCGUCGUUUGUUACUGUACACGUAUAGGUAGCGUUGGUAGCGGUAUAGGAUAAUAAUUAAGACGGUAAGU